AUGUUUACUUUGCAACUGAGAAAUGAUAAAAAUAAAACAAUUCUCGUAAUUCUGGAGCGGGCUGGCCCGUUGGGCACCACUGGUCAGCGAAGACCCUCACGAUCUCCUCGUAGUCAGAGGAGCCGUAGCGCGGACGUUGAUUGUCUGAAAAAGUACACGGAAAGACGAGUGGAAGAAAGGAGGCAUACAGACAUCGUGGACACCAGCAAGCUGGACCCGUCUAGGUGGAUACCGUUGACGAAGAACAUGAGUCGAAGCACGCCAACGACGUCGAAGAAAUCACCGCAGUCCGCCAGAGACGACGAGAAGCGUCGUUCGGUGACGGUGGACAUCGAGGAGGCGUUCAACGACAUUUUGAAGCCCACCGUGCCCACUCCAAAGAAACUGACACCGACGAAGGAGGAAGAUGCGACGAAGGGCGCCGAAGAGAAAGAGGACGCGUCAACGUCGACGACGGCGACGACGACCCCUGGAAACAGAACGGCGACCGGCAGGAGCCAUAGCGCCGCGGACGUCGUCCAUCAUGCAAAGAACGAAAAACUCGUCGAGGAACGAAGGCAUACGGAGGCAGACCCCCGAAUGAUCGCGACGAGGUGGCUACCGCAAAUUAACACCUCAAGGUUCCGCUACGACGCUACGUCACCACUCGCCAGGAUCAGCAGCAGCGAGAUCACGAAAUACGCGGCUGCCAGGUGGUUGACGUUCGUCAAGAAUCCGUCCCCGUCCCCGUUACCUCGUAUGAACCCAGAAAGAAAGUCAUCGACGUCGUCGGCGGCGGACGCGCAGCGGAUCGACGUUAAAAUCACAUCGCCCAAGUGGGAGCCGAUGAGAAAGUUCUCGUCGGUGCCGACGACUAAGGUCGACGGGGAUGCUGCGCAGGAGAAAGAUGAAGCAGGAUCUAAUCGAGAUUCACCGUCGAAGAAGCUAUCCCCUGACUCGGCCGAGCAAACGAACAGACUAAAGCAACGUAUGCAAGAUCUGUAUGAUUUCAAAACAGAGAAUGAAUGGCCGAAGAGAACGUUGCAUGCUCGCCGUGAAAACAUAUGGAUCAGCAAGAGUAGCAGCGAGGAAGAUAAAUCUAAUCAGCCUGUGCGCAGGAAUAGUCAAGAUUUGGAGUUCAACGACAGAGUAAAAGUGAUCAAGUUAAAGGACACGAAGGUGCAAUCGGAUUUCCAAAAACCAGAGGAGUCUUCGCCGAAGAAGCAGGAAAGCGAGAAGAAAGGCAGCGAAGUCUUCAACAGCGAGUACGAAGAACGUCUAAAGAAGUUCAAUGAGAGACUAAGGUAUAGCGAAGAUCUAGGUACAGCGAAACCAAAGCUAAAGGAGAGGAGGACGUACUCCGACGACCACGAAGAGAAGGUCCGUCGAACCCGGUCAGCGAGAACCUCGCGUUCGGACAGCACGCAAGAUGGCCGCCAGCCUGUCUUACAAAAAAGGAACUCGGAUGCUAGCACCAAGUCCAGAGGAAGCUAUGCUGAAGUGAGCCCCGUGAAAAGGGAUUCGCGUACAAGCGACGCGAGUUACGUGAGUAUCAGUGCAAAAAGGGCUAGCGUCGAUUGCAAAAGUACACAGAAAAUGGUGGAACUUCCGCCAAGAAGAGCUUUCAGCCAAACGGAAGAAAGGCCAGCAACGCCGGUGCCACCAGUCGAAUGGAACGAUGAUCGUUAUGCUGCGGCUCGUUCAAAAGUGCUCUUGGAACGCCAGAAAAGGGACAGUACGAGAUACAAAGUGUACCUGACGUAAACAGACGAAUUUCUUAUGGAUAAAAUAUUUCUGGGUCCUGCGAAUGUAAGUUUCUUCGAUGGAAUGAAUCGAGCAUAGAAGGUGUAACAUCUUAAACACAUGAAUUUCUUAUAAAAAAUUUUCAGUUCUGCCAGUUGUGCACUAUUUUAAUGAAAUCGAAUCAGAAGGAUGUGAUAAAGUUGUUGGCAAAUGGGUUUCUUGUGGAUAAAAUAUUUUUAAUUCCAUGAAUUUUGCAGUUUCUUUAACAAAAUCAAAGCAUAGCAACAUUGACAGUCUUGUGUAUUUAGAUGUUUUUUACAAACGAAGUGUCUUUGAUUCUAGAGUUGCAAUUCCUUCAACGAAAUCAAGUCAAGAAAAUAUAAUGAUCCUCGUCGAUCAUUCUCCUGGUUCCGUUUUGCUCGAAUGGACUCGAGGACACUUAGGUACGGAUAUCGAAAGGUGUGCUGCACUGCGUUUCGUAUAGUUUUCGUUUAUUUCGAGUGGAUCCGCUAGCCAGCUCGUAGAAAGAAAUUAUCGGUAUAAAGUGUUACGUGUAAUGUAAACGUUGAAUGGUCACGCCCCUUAAACGAUCCUCUUUCGCCACGUUCAAUGUGAGAUUCUUGGGUACGUGUAUACCAGUGACCGGAAGUUUCCACGUAACGGGUGUGACUCGGAACGUCAUCGUGCAAGUUACCGGUGCUCGAUCACGAUGCCAAUGCGUUGAUGUAUCUUAACGAGUUUCGGAGACAUUUCGAUACCUUCUCCCAGUGUUUGUUAAAGAUACAGCACCAUCGCACGGUGGCAAUUGAACGCGAGUUACUUGAACAGAGGAUGCAAUUAAUACUGUACAAACGAUGUAAUGCGAUUUAACUAAUAAAAUAUUCUUUGAGAAAGACAACGAUUCGAUCCGCGGUAAGUAUCGGCGUCGAAAUACAUUGCGUGCUCGUGGUCGCCGACUUCUCUACUAUGGAGGACUAAUACUUUGAUCUUUUUACUGGUUACACUUUUUUCUCUUCCCUUGACUGAUUUUCUUUUUGACUAGACUGGCGAUUGUUGAAAUGACUUGAAGAAAAAAUAAUCUUUGCAUUGAAACAAGUAAUAGACUAAUAGAUGACUGAUAGAUAAUUAUAGACUGCAGAACUUUUUUACACAAGUUUGUGCAUAAGAAUUUAGAGAAAUAGGAAUUCAAUGAAUUUUGACUUUCUUUGCUAUUGGUUUUCGUAAAUUAAUGGACAAAUAAAAUUGUAUUAAUUUUUAUUAGAUUUUGUAUUUUAUAAGUUUUUGAAAAUACUUGUUGAUUAUGUAUUUAUAAAGAUCCGCAGUCUAAUACUGAAGAAUUUGAACUAACGUGAAUAUUUCUGUACAGAGAUUCAUGUAACACGUCUUGGUGGUUUAUUAAAAAAAAUCUUGUUGGUGACGUCAUGGUAAAAAAGGGUUCGUUUCUGUUCAAAUUUAGUUUCUUUAGGUACAUCAGAAAUGAACCCCUGUAUCAUAGAAUAAUUCAAUUAAAAAGAAAUAAUUGAUGAUAAAUAACUUCUUUUACAAUCUAGUACCAUUAUU